AAGUGGGCGGGGAUAAGGGGGACAAAGGGUUAAAGGGAGGGGGAGGGAGCGAAUAGAGGCGAACUUAGACUGAAGAAAGAAAGAAAAAGAAAGAAAGAAAAGAAAAGUGUCCUCGGGCCAAGUUCAGAAAACUCUAUCACAACCGUGGGUGUUCAGGGAAUCUGGUCAGAGGAUAAGGGGUGUAAGUUUGGAGAGCUUUAGUUUUUUUUCCUCCAGGCCAGAGUGAUUGCAAAGGUCUCAAGGCGUUGGGAGGGCGGGGUAAAGGCACUGAAGUGUGAGGUAGCUAGGGAUAAUUGAAUAAACCUUAGACUGGACUGGAGAAACUCAUUUACUGCAUGUCAUCAACUCGAGUGGAAAGGCUUGAAAGAAGCUGAAUAAAGGGGGAAGAGUGGUGUGAACAUGGAGCCCGAGGAGGGACAUAAAGAAGAUCAAGCUGAUAGUGCUGGAAAUGAGGGGCUGAAUCAAGCGCCCACUGUGGGGGAAAAUAACAGAGAAGUGAACGAGGGGACAGCACCAUUCUUUUCAGAGGCAACUGAGUUCGAGGGCCAGGGUCGGGAAAUUUUUGGGGUCGAGGGUGAAUUAAUUCCUGAAAGAGUUGAUGUGUCUGAAGGAGAAGCAAUGUCAGGGGAGGACAGAAAUUAUACUGAGGCAGAACCCGAGGAAGUAAAAAUGGGGGGGAAAUCAAGUCUUGAGAACCUGAAAAGUAAUGCAGAAUCUGAGGAAUUGGGAGGAGCAGGUCAGAAAGAGACUGGUUUAUUUGUGAGCCCAUCUGCAGGAGAAGCAGAAGAAAAAACUCCAAAGGGGAUAGAUCAGAGUAAGAUAAAGAAGCAUGAAGAAAGAGGGAUUGUUGAAGACAGAAUUCUAGAAAUGGACGAAAAAGUUGAUUUGGAAAAUCGGGAUCAGAGGGAGAAAGAAGUUCAUGCAGAUACUGAAGGAAAGGCUGAUUAUCCAGCCAAUUUGAAUGACAAGAGCAUUAAACAGACAGCUGAUAGGGAAGGCAUGGCCUUAGACCAGAAGGAUUUAGAGGGAGGGAUUGAAAAAGAGAUUGUUGAAACCACAGAGAUUCAGAAAGAGCAUGCUUUUUCAAGAUUGGAUCAGGGAGGCAAUUUAAAGAUAACCGAAGAGGGAAAGGAUGUAGCAGCAGAUGCAACCUCAGUACAUCAGAGACCGACUGAAGAAUCUGUAGGAUUAGGUAUGGAGCAAAAUAAGGUGUACACCAAAGCUGAGGAUGAGAAAAUAGCUGGAGUAGAGCAAAGUUUAAUUGCACGUGAAACAGUGACAUUAGUAGAAACCCAGGAAAAACCUGAGGAGGCAUUUGAAAAUCUCGGGGAACCUGGAAAGAGAGAUGCAACAAUGGCAGAGGAGGAAGCCAGGCUGUUAGAAACAAAUCAAGUACAUGUUGAAGAGGCUGAGAAAGCACCAGAGGCAGAGAUUGGAACUGAAAAAAAAGAUGCAGCAACAACACUGCAUCAAACAAAGGCUGAGAAGUUAGUUGAGGGAAGUCGGGGAGAAAGUGGACAACUAGUGGGAGAUCAAAAAGUAACAGUGGUUAAAGCUGAAGAGAAAUAUUUGCAAGAAUCAAGUGAGAUGGUAAUGGGCGGGGAGGAUAUCCCACUACUUGUAGAGGCAAAAGAGGUGAGAAUUGGGAAAGUGACGACAGAAGGAAUUGUGAUUAUACCAAUUGAAGAUAAAACAGAGAAUUUGGUGGAGACAAGUGAAGUAGUAAUGGGCGAGAAAGAUUUCACUGCCGUGGAAGCAGAGAGUGGGACAAUUGGGAAGGUGACAGCAGAAGAUGAUGUAUCAUUAGCAGUAGUUGAAGUUAAGGAUGAAAAUUUGGUGGACAUCAGUGAAACACAGAUGGGAGAAGAGUUGAUUAAAGAAAAAGAUCUGGCAGAAGUAACAGUAACAGAAAGUCUAAGAAUAAAAGAAGAAAUGCCUCAGAUGGAAAUGGAAGAAAUACCUGUACAUAUCCAGGAUAAGAGAGGUGAAGAAAAGACUGAAUCAGAGAUGAUUGAAGAAAAAGUUGAAGAUUCGACACAACCAGAACAAAAGCCAGAAGAACAAGUAGAGAGGGAAGGCGAACAAUUGGCAUCAGCUGGCACGAUUGAUAAAGGGGAAACUGGAGAAUUAGAGAUGGCAUUAGCAAUUAAUCAGAAUGAAAUAAUGAAAAGCCUGAGGCCAUCUCAGGAAAAGGCAGAGAUUGCUGUCAUAGAUGCUGUGGGAGAAAAAUUACCAUUCCAAGAAAAGAUUUUAGCCUGGAGUCCAGAAUUGGAAAGACCAACUCAAGAGAUAGCAGGGGUAGGCUCCAGAGAAGGGAUAUCCAGAUCAUAUAGGCAAGAGGAUAAACUAAGCCGAGAACUUAUUUCAGAAUUGGUAAGAAUUGGCCAGGAAAGAGGAAAUUUUGGCUUAGGUCAAGUAGAAUUACUAGAAACAAGCAUAAAGCUCACUGAAGAAUUAGAUAAAUUGGGUAGUGAAGAACAAAGUCACAAAGUGAAAGGUAAAAUAAUUAUAGGCUUGGCAGGGCUAAGACAAGGGUCAAUUCAAGUAACACCACACAGGACUGUUCAGUCAGCAGGAGGCUAUGAUGGAGUGUUGGCACAUGUAGCUCCAGGAUUAAUUGUAACUGGUUUAAGGAAGCCUGAGGGAAAGAGACUAACAAAACAAGAUCAUAUGCAAUUGGACAAGAGGACAUUAGAACAAAGGGAGACACGAUCAGCUGAACAGGGGCGUUUUGGAGUAAGCAUGAGGUCAAAUGAAGCAAUGGUCUUCAUGGGCUACCGAAUUGGGCGGGAAAGAAUGUCUUGUUUGUCAGAGGCAGAGAAGAGGAUGGUGAAAAUUCAGUUGCCUGAGUUAGAGGAGAUUGGGAAAAAGCCUGCAAUAGAACAGGUAGAGGUACCCAGGCAGGAACAGGAAGUGAGGAAGGAAGAGAUACAAGAAAUUAAUGCCAAUGAAGUAGUAUGGCAUCAACUAGAGCAACUGCCAACAGCAUGGCUUGGUAGACCAUUGACACGAGAUUAUAUGGCAGCACAAAGUUCUGGGUGGACUGCAGGCAUAGGGCCAGGACGUGGGCGUAUUUCAAGGUCACUUCGGGCAGGAAUAAAAGAAAGAAUUAACUUGAUGGUGAUGGGUGAGAGUGCAACAAAAUCAGCACAGAAGCUUGAGCCAUUACAUUUUGGAAUGAGAAGAAGGAUGUUUGAGCUUACAAGCAAGUCUGCCAAUGUGCAUUGGUUAAAUGAGAUACUGAAGCCAAGACCACCAGGUUCUCGACUUGGUGUUGCAGAUCAGAAGGUUCAUGAGGAAAGAAGUCCUGGCCUGAUGACUGAAAGGCAAAGUCCUGGUUUGUUUGCAAGGAAAAAAGAACUAAAAGAUUGGAGGGAUGGGGUGAUGGGAGUAGCAAUCAGGAGAUACAAUGCAAUGCGACUUGCUAUGUGGGGAGAAGGCCCAAUUGGUUUGCACAUAAAAGGGAGAAGGUUAACUGAGGAUUUAUAUGGCCUUACAAGUCGCUCCCAUAAGGUGAGUUCCAUUUUGGGACAGGUUGAAAGGAGAAUGUUAACAAUAGCACAACAGGUAACAAACGAGAGAGUACCAGGUUUGGAAGUGGGUGGACAAAGUCUGGCUGAGAUACUGAAACAGGAUAUGGAGUUAGCAAGGUCAAAGAAAGGUGAGAAAUUUUCAAGGUAACUGGUAAAACAAAUUAUGCAGUGAGUUUAGGGAUAUUGGGUUGUUUAAGAAUUAGUGGAAAAGCAGAGAAUGUAUAGAGAAUAGUGCAGUUUAAGGACAAAACUUCAGGUUGAAAAGAUUUAUAUAUUUCUCAAAGGAAUAGAGAAAGAUGAAAGGCCAAGACAAUGGUACAAGUAACAAAGUAUUGAGACUUAAGGAACAAAGGGAAUGAAAUGAGGAAACAAGAUUAAAAAUUGACCUUGAGAAAAAUGGUGAUUUUGAUCAUCUGGGAUUAGUGGCUGUGAGUGGAAGGUAGCUAAAAUCUUUCAGAAAGGAAACUUGACUCUGGAACAUUUAGUAGCAUCUCAAACAGGUUCUUGCCUUUUCUCAUAGGCUUGGAUUUGGUAGCUGGUGCUUACAUUAAACAUCUCCACUGUAACCUGUAGUCAAGCUAUUCCUGUGCUGCCUGCAUUGCAAUCAUGGAGAAACAGGAUAGCCUUUUGCUAGUGCUUCAAAGAGAAUUUAAAAAAAAAAAUAGAAUGAGCAAGGCUCAAGCAAACCGAAUAAAUGUUUGUAAAACAUGGCAUUAUCUGCCCUGGAUUGACCUUUUCUUUUCAGGUG